GCAUUUUCCUCGUUGCACCGUCAGAGCCCUCUUCAUUCGUUACUUUAUAUUGGCUAUCGCCAUUGUUCCUUUCACAGUGCUUAUGUGUUCAUGUGUUUUCUUCGUUUGGCCGAGGAUCUAUCGUAGCCAUUAUCGGUGUACGGUGAUCAGUGAUCUCUUUGUUAAUAUUUUUUAGAAUGUAGCGCGUAUCCACCGUGACGCUCUGGAAUAAACUCGUAAUAUGACAAUCGCGUCGGGUGGAAGAACUAUCUAUUUGAACCUGUUCCUUUCAAAUUAAAGGAACAUGUGCUAUCUACACGGUGGCUAUUAAUGUGAUUCAUAUGAAAGAAAUAUUGCGCGUAAGAUGGCAAAAGACGAAGGAGACGACCUCUUACCGGACAAGGAUGCGGCCAAGGGAUUCUAUGCGAAAUACGAACCCAAAGAAAUCCUUGGAAGAGGAAUAUCUUCUACUGUGAGAAGAUGUAUAGAAAAAGAAACAGGUAUAGAGUAUGCAGCUAAAAUUAUAGAUAUUAGUAAUGAAACUAACGAGGAUGGACAUACUAUGAAGGAUGCUACAUUACAGGAAGUACAAAUUCUCCGUAGAGUAGCUGGCCAUCCUUAUAUUAUUGAGUUACAUGAUGUCUUUGAAUCUAGUACAUUCAUAUUUUUAAUUUUUGAAAUCUGUAAAAAUGGUGAACUAUUUGACUACCUCACAUCUGUUGUUACUCUCUCUGAAAAAAAGACACGUUAUAUUAUGAGACAAGUUUUCGAAGGUGUUCAGCAUGUACAUAACCAAGGAAUAGUGCAUAGAGAUUUAAAGCCAGAAAAUAUAUUACUUGAUGAUAAUUUAAAUGUAAAAAUAACUGACUUUGGGUUUGCUAGAGUAUUGAAAACUGGAGAUAAAUUAUAUGAUCUUUGUGGUACUCCUGGUUACUUAGCACCAGAAGUGCUAAAGUGUAAUAUGUUUGAAAAUGCAGAAGGUUAUGGGAGUGAAGUUGACAUAUGGGCCUGUGGAGUAAUUAUGUUUACAUUGUUAGUUGGUUGUCCUCCUUUUUGGCACAGAAAACAAAUGGUUAUGCUUAGAAAUAUUAUGGAAGGAAAAUAUUCAUUUACAUCCCCAGAAUGGGCAGACAUAACAGAAGCCCCCAAAGAUCUGAUCAGAAAAUUAUUAGUUAUUGACCCCAAGAAGAGAAUUAGUAUCAAAGAAGCGUUGGAGCAUUCGUUUUUCCACACUGUGCUAUGGGAUCAAGACAUCGCUCCUUUAAAACGUUCGCUAUCAUCUAAUUCGCGGCGUCUGAGUAGGAUAUCUCAGUUAGCUUUGGAAUUAAAGGCAAAAUCCUUUAAUGCGAGAAAACGGUUCCAGUUAGCAAUUAUUUGUGUUCGCGCAGUUGUUCGUAUCAAGCGACUUCACAAUACACCUGAACCUCUUUCAACUCAAGUAGCAUGCACUGACCCUUACAGAAUUAAAAUUUUGCGGAAGGUCAUUGAUGGUUGUGCAUUCAGAGUUUAUGGCCAUUGGGUAAAGAAAGGAGAAGGACAAAAUCGUGCUGCUCUUUUUGAAAAUACGCCAAAGACAGAACUUAAACAUCUUUAUGUUAGUAAUUUGAGCAGAUAACCAAUGCUUUAAUAA